UUGCAGCUGCAUUACGAUUUCCGCCGCCCUAGCGCUCUUGCUAGCAAGUCGCAUGGUGGUUCUUCCGAGUUUUACAGCGCAGGCUCUACGCACGCAUUAUUUUCUCCGUAUAUGCAGCGCAGGCAGGUCAACCGUCGACCUCUAGCUCUCCCAAGCAGAAUGGUAAGGGCUUUCCUAGAGCCAAUUUCUCCAACGUAAGCAAGAUUAGUGACCGGUAAUGCAGCAAGAGUGCUCAACGAGAGGACACGGAUCGGAUACAUGUCUGGCGAAUGUGCCAGAUUACUAGUAGUACGUAGGUCUAAUGACGGCAGCUCAUCCAAGCCAGUGCGCCUGGGAAAGCGUCGUAUCGCGGGCCAUCAGUACAAUUUACUCCUCCACCUAUUUCGGUCUGGAUUAGGCGAGUCUCCUCGGACACGGACGUGAAGAGGGAUCGCCGGCAACGCACUGCCCCGUUCAAACUCUCGAACAGCGUUGUCUCUAGCUCUGCAUGUUGAUCAAGUGAACACUGCGGCUUCGAGCGCAUGGGUGGAAUACCCAAGUCACUACUUUGUUUGGCUCACAAAGUCAGGUCGUUACAAUGCUAGCUGCAAGGUUCUAUCAUCGCAUCGACGCCGUCUGCCUCUUGACAGUCUUGCUCGGUGCGGUGGCUAGCCAAGAUGUUGCGAACGAUGUCCAAGAGGGUAAAGACCAGGUGGUGUCCUCGCGGGGAUUGGUCAGGUACACGUAUCAUGCCAGGAUUGACUUUGACUCGUUCGUCACCGAUCAGACCAAGUGCCUAGAGGAGAAUUCCGGCACGUUCAACAACGGCACGCGCACAUGCACUGCUACACUGGUGUUCUGCGUUGCUCCCAGCGUCACGACCAUCCCACCAGCCAAACAGCGGAACUGUGCUCUGCUCAACGUCACCGUUGCCGAGAGCACAGGCACAAUUCCAGUCUACAGUGCGCACGGCCAGAAUGUGACCUCUCGCAGCAACUCGUCGCUUAGAAUCUUGAUCCCGGAUGAUGGAACCGAAGACUUUUAUCCUACUGUGAUCAAGUUGUCACUGGCUCUCUUUGAGAUUGGGGAAAUCGUCAGACGAGAGGAUGCCAGUUACCUGGCCACGGCGUCAGCUCUGGUCAACACGAGGUCGCCGGACAUGAUGCAGUGCUUUGGUGUUCAAGGGGUGAACCAUCACGUGAUCGAAGAUCCCAAGUGUGAUCCUAAAGUCUGCUUUGGCAGUCUUACCAUUCCAUUGCAAUUUGGGCAGCAUAACAGCAGUUACUGUGAUUUUCAUCCACGCCUGACACGCGGUGCGAAAAACGACAGUAACAAUGUCAUCUACUUUGGUACAUUGAAGCUAAGAGCCAGACUGGAGCAGACCUUGGUUUCUGAAAGAGACCCUCCUGAACGCUAUUAUUUCCAGCAGAAUUCCGGCGCACGGCCAAGAAACCACCGCACCAUCCAGUGGACAAUGAUCGCCAUGCUGUGCUUACUGUUGCCGGUUCUCAUCACCUCUAUCAUCGGACUUCACUGCUGGAGUCGCCGCCGAAAUCGUCGCCGAGGUGACGCGAAGCGCCGGUGGCAGCUUGCCAACUGCCUGCUGUUGCCAUGGCGGUGUUGCCGUGGCAGCAGCGGAUUCCAAUGGCGACGGUUGCGUAACUGGCAAGACUCUGACCAAGACAUGGCCUGCACUGGACCAUCUACUGGCGGAAGACUGGAGUUUGAACGGGCUUCGUCAAUUGAGCCUCCGAUCUUGCCGCUCUCUAAUUCUGCAGUCCACAAUCUUCUGUGCACUCCAGUCAAUGACCCACGGCAAGCAGGUGACAGUGACUCGGUGUAUGUUAUCCAAGCAGAAGCAUACUCACACAAGAGAGGCAAUGGCCGAGACCUGCAUUUCCAGCGCAGGGUGAACAGUGGCACUUGCCACAGUCAUUACCAAGAUGAAAGCGUUUCUGAAGACAUGACGGACACAGACAUGGACAUAAUUCGGGCUGUGCCUGACCGUGCCCAUUGCGCAUCUACGACUCAUAGCACUUCUCGACUUCCUGCAACCUGCGACAAUGCUAUGCCAACCAAGGAUCUUUCCGCUGCUGCUGAUGCUGUAGUAGUGUCGUCCAAUCAUGAUGGCAAUACAUCCCCCGCCCAGGAAUGUGACCACCGCCACCAGCAGCAGCAGCAUCGGCAGCGGCACAGCAUGGACCUUGACCUCGCCGAGCACUGCCAUCACCAGACGCAGAGUGACCAUGAUCAAGCCACCCGACCGUGCCUUGUGAACAGAUCUACCCCUCGUGGGAGCGCUCAGCCCCGCACUCAAGCCCGCAGCCAGUCAGCCAGGUCUCGUGAAAUUGAUCCACGGAUUCAGCUGGUAGCAGAGGCGAUGCACAGUGGCCAAGCCAGUACGCGGUAGGGUGCUAGGAAUUCAACCAACUAUAGAUAGCCACAUGAAAUAAUCCAGCGGUAAGUUUGCACAGUGUGCUGUUCAAUGAAAUCCAGUCCAAGAAAUCCAAGAUGCGCUUUCCAGUGUUUGCAGGUCUAGGGCUGCGUAACGCCCAGCGGGUAUUUGAGUGAGACUGGAUUUCAUUGAGCAGCAUUUAGCAGCCCAGCACCUGGACCCUGUAGCGUUGUUGGCAUCAUAAUAAUAAUACAUAAGCAUCAUCAUACAGCAAGCCUCACUGAUUUUUGUUGGGAGUUUCGAAUGAAAAUUCUGAUCAGCCUCACUUGGUUGUGCCGGUUUAUUCACUUUAUUGAUUUUUUUUACAUAUCCACCCCAAAGCAGAAUUGAUCCGAUAUUCGGUACACCAUUUCCACCCCGAAGCAGAUUUUAUCCACAGCCGUAUGUAUAU